GCUUUGCAGCCGCUCCCUCUUUCGCCGCCAUCUUGGUCGGAGGCGCGGGGGCCUGCUGGGAGCAGGACUUCAGGACGACACCAUGUCUGGGAGACUGUGGUCCAAAGCCAUUUUUGCUGGCUAUAAGCGUGGCCUCCGAAACCAGAGGGAGCACACUGCCCUUCUGAAAAUUGACGGAGUUUAUGCCCGUGAUGAGACUGAAUUCUACUUGGGCAAGAGAUGCGCCUAUGUAUACAAAGCUAAAAACAACACCGUGACUCCCGGUGGGAAGCCCAACAGAACACGAGUGAUCUGGGGGAAGGUAACGCGUGCCCAUGGAAAUAGUGGCAUGGUUCGUGCCAAGUUCCGGUCCAACCUUCCUGCUAAGGCCAUUGGACACAGAAUCAGAGUGAUGCUGUAUCCAUCUAGGAUCUAAAUUUUUACUAAAAAUAAAAUUCAGAAAUUGUUUGG